AUGAGUUACAGGCCUAAAAGAACAUUGGUAGCUAUUGACGAAGGGUCGAGCAUUGCUGCAUCCAAGUCCCCAAAAUCUUCUGAUCCAUCCACCCAAAACUGGGGACCGUUCAGUCCUCCAACACUUGGAGUGUCACAGACAUUUGGGACGGUAUCACAACCCAUUAAGCAACCAGUAGCUGCUAAAAAAACCAUGGUUGCACCACAAUCAUCCUUGCCUCGGCCUACUUCCAUGGUUUCAAAGCCACAACUGAAGGCAUUAUCAAAACCAUCCUUUACCCAGACAAAACCAUCCUCUAACCCAUUACAACAACCAAUUCCGCCCACUCUUACAGGAACAACACAAAGUAGAUGGUAUAAAGGACCUACGUUUCCCAAUCUGACUGAAAUUGCAACACAAAAAGCGUCAACACCGAAUCCACACCAGCCUACUAUGCAGCCUGUGUUGCAGCCUUUCAAAGCUACCUUGCAGCCUUCUUUGCAGCCUUUCAAAGCUUCCCAACAGCCUCAAACAGCUACCAAUCAGCCUCAAAAAACUACCCAUCAGCUUCACAAAGCUACACAACAGCCUCAAAAAGCUACACAACAGCCGGUAUCUUCUUUUACAAGUGUCAAACCACAUUUAGAGAAAAGAGCAUUUGUUGCACCUUUGGGAGCAACAAAACAUGUGAUGUCACAAUCUCCUACACCACCAGACACCAUGGCAAUGAAAAAGAGAACCGGGAAGCAAGAAGGUCAGUUGCCUCCAACAUACAUGCAUGUGAGUGAGAAUGCAUUUCAACCUCUGCGAUCUCCUCCAUCCAAUCAGGUUGAGAGUGAAGUUAUGCCAAACUACAACUGGGACGAAUUUGAAGAAUCGGCUUCUGAGAGUGAAAAUGAAUUUGAUCAAGGAGAAGGAAGUGAUACUGCUGUGAAGAAAGCAACACUUCGACAUCGAAUCAUUAUUCCAAAUUGGCCAGAAUCGAGGGAGUUUGAUGAGAAGGUGGAGGCUAUAGCUAUAGAUGCUGAUGGAAUACGACAUCUGGUAAAGGGACCAGUUCUGCCUCGAGACGUUUGGCAUGAUGCAAAGGGGUUCAGAUACAUUGUCAAGCUCAAUGAAUUCAACCAACCUAUUCGAAAAGGUGGGAAGAUCCUUGUGAGCUUCCUUGGAGAUAUUGCAAAAAAUGAUUCACUUUGUCCAGUGGGAGUCCCAAGUUGGCGUGCUGUGAACAAUCAGUUAAAAACUAAUGUUGUUACAAUGAUUCGGAAACAUUUUGUGUUACCUGAUGGACCUCUAGUUAACAAGGCACUAGUGAUGCGUAUUGACAAACCAUGGAACAAUCAUCGAUACAAAUUGAAGAGGGAUUUUUUCGAUCCAGUGAAUAAAUCUCGAGAAGAGAACUAUGCCAACGUGCCUGAUGGAGUGUCCACUAGGAGUUGGACGGAAUUGGUAGAUUAUUGGCUUUUACCAGAGGCCAUGGAAAAAUCUGAAAUGGGAAAAAAUGCUCGAGCUUUACAAGGCAAUAAGCACAACAGUGGUGCUACAAGCUUUGCUAAUCGAAGAGUUGAUAUGAAAGAGAAGAAAGGAGUGUUUAGCGAAUUGGCAUUUUUCAAAUCAGUUUACGCCAAAGAAGAUGGAAGCUUUAAAGAGGGCACACUUCCUCAUCAAUUUGUGGAGGAUGCCAACAAAAAGGUCCAAGAAAAUCUUGCGAGUUCCUCUUCUUCAAAGCCCGUAAUUGAAAUUGAGAAUGCAGUCUUUAAUGAGCUCAUGUAUAAAGGUGAAGUACCUAAACGUCCUCUGAAUUAUGGAUUUGGAGUGAAGCAAAGCGACAUCUUUGGAGUGGAAGGUUUGCUGAGGAAAGAAGGGUCAAGCUAUGUUAACAACAAUGCUAUGGAAGUGGAGAACAUGAAAGGUGAAAUAUCAGUUGUCAAGAAGCAAAAUGAGGACCUUGCGCAACAAAAUCAAGUUCUAAACACCAAGUUUGAAGAAACAACACAAUCAUUUAAAAUGAUUGCUUCUUUUUUGGGACAAGUUUUGAAGGAAGUACGCAAAGGGAAUGUUUCAUCGAACCUUUUAGAUGGUGCGGAAUCAGCAAUAAAUAUGAUUACUGAUGAUUCUGGUGGCAAUGGUGACAACCAGGCCGAGAAAUGAGACUUUGACACUAUUGCCAAAUGCAAGAUUAUUGAUGAUUCAAGUGGUAAUAGUAAAUGUAGAUCAAGAGAUGAACAAGUUAUCUUGAAGCUAAGCUAGCAUAACGAUAUGUUUACUUGUUCGUAGUCAGGAAGUUGUUUUUAUUUAGUUUUGGACUAUCUUGUAG